AUGGAAUGCGCUUGUAUAGUCGAGCCAUCCUGUUUAACCGCAUUCUCGCCAUCCUUUCGCACAGCAGCUGCUAACAGUGACUUGAGAUCGGCAAUCGAGUCGUGUGCGUUAGAGCUAGAUGAGCCAACGCGAAAACACGAUGAGAUUGAGUGUCAGUCGUCCAGUGUAGGUAUUGGCGGUGAUGGCGGUACGCAUUUCUUUCAAAAGGCUGGAAAGUUAGUCUUGGGGGACGAAAUCCAGUCUUGCCCCUAUUCGGAACCGAACCGAGGGCGAGAGUAUAUUAAGAUGAAUAGACAUGCGGUGAGUGAAGACGCUCGCGAAGAGACUGUUUUGGGGUUUUCAACAAGAUUCAAGGGUAAUCUGGGGUGUUCUGAAAUGGGAGCGUGGAGAAACAUGGGAGAUUAUGGGUUGUGGAUAGUGUACUGCUCGUUACUUGAAGACACUUUCAACCGUGUGCCAUAUCCUGCAAAUCACUAUAGAUGUAUGCCUCUUCGCUUUCGGCAGAAAUGGCAUCUCGAUGGAGCUUCACACAACGCUGGAAGCAGAACUUGUAGCCAAGAACUUCUUCCAAACCUCGCCCAAUUAACCCAGAGACAUUUCACAUCACUCAGCACUUUCAUCUCCAACCGCCGGCAUCGUAGGUUAGGCGCCCUCUCCCUCCUGGUUUCCUCUCUCUUUCUUGCUAGCCUCCUUCUCAACUUCAUGCUCCCUUGA